GCGAUGGCACACUGCAGGGUGCCGCUCCGACAUGUGUGGAUGUGCAGCAGUACACGCAGUUCUCGAUCUAUGCCCUCGCUGCAUUGACGGUGCUCGGGCUUGGGUGCAUUUACAGCUGUGUCUGCAUGGUGGGCAAGGGCCGCCUCACCUAUGAUGUCGGGGACCUGCCCAAGAGCUUCCAAGGCCGCUGGCUGGAGUCGAAGGGCAUGACGUCCUGGGA